CAUUAAGCCCCUUUUGCUGAUUCUCUCUUUUAUUUUUUGGGUACAACCUCCAUUGACAGAAGGAAGGAAGCAGCAAAAAAACAUGGCUGCAACUGGUCCUCGAACUGCGCCUUUCAACCAAAAUUGGGAUUUCAGCUGCAACUUGGAUGUGAAUUUCGAAACGGAACAACAAGCUUUCAUUGCGUACACAUCAUUGGCUGUUGAUAAAGAGUUGCAGCCUGAUAAGGUGAGAAGAGUCAUGUCCGUAUCAAACAACAAGCUUUCUGUCCACUUUGAGGCAAUAGAGGCAAGGCUUCUUCGAGCAUCCUUCUCUGCGUUUCUUGACGUUCUUACACUGGCCACAAGAACAAUUCAAGAAUUUGGGCAAAUCUGAAAGCACCAAUGUGUAGACGAAUGUUGAUUCUUUCUCUUUGUCCCUUCAAGAAUUCAAUUAUUGUAGUGUUUAUCAAGCAGUGUAUUGUUAUGUUGUGGCUGAAUCGAACUGUAAAAUAUAUUACAUUUAAAGCUUAUGAUUUUGACUAGGUUUGCGACU